UGUCUAUUCCGCUGCCCGGACGUUCUUAGUUCGCAGCUGAAAACAUGCAUAAUACGUAGCUGCUAAAACUUGACAUAUCUGACAUUUAAUCCUGCCAUAAAGAUUUUGUGGGUUUCGUGGCGCUACUGAGACAGACCAGGAAAUGAUUUGCGAUCUCUCAAACCGUCCAAUUCCUUGAAGUUGGCGCUCCGUGCAGAACAUGUUUGCAGGAUGACAGGAUCUAUGAUGUGGCUGGGGAUACAUAUUUUUCGGCCCUUGCUGCUGUUGGCGCGCUGUUUCGCGAUUGACAGCCGGUUACUGCCUGUGUCGUCAAUAUUUGAAGUGCUUGAAUCGAUAAUAGAUCGAUUUGAGAUUUGCGACGCGUGCUUCUGUUCUAUAGAACAUAGAUGGCUGUGUUGGGCAAGAUCUGCGAGCACUGCCACACGCUUAGCUCCGGUGCCCUAUGAAUCGCUGUCAAUUAAUCGUCUCCACAGCAGAUGCAGGAGAAUAUUGACAUCCUGUUUGAUAUUCAACAACUUCAUCUUCUUGGGUCUCAUCAAUCAGAGGAAGGCAUUGAUCCUUGAUGGUCCUGAAGCAUAUUCCCCGGUGUCGAAAACUCUCAAUCGUUGCUUUCCGGCUCUUGUCGUCUUUCGUUCCCUUCGGGAUGGAAAUAUCCCAUUGGACCCCUUUAAUGAGAUGAUUCCAAAAUUGUGCGAUUCCAUGCAGGAAGGGUGGAGGAUAAAGGUGAAGGAUUGUCCAUUUCUUCUAUUGUAGAUGCAUCAGUCAAGGAAUAGGAGGUGCUCUGGACUAGUUUUACACGUUAUCUUUAUUAAGAACACUCGAUUUUAUACUGCGUACCAUUUAGCCCCCCCAGUUGACUCCCGAACCAGCACAAGAAUGCCCUUUGCAAGUUCGUACGGCUUUUGUUACAGUUGAUUUUCUUUAUAUUCUUCUGCUUCUCGAAUUACUGGUGUCAUCUAGAAGAUGUCUUACCUAUUACGGUUCCCACUCCGUCUA